AUGCCAACUCCGGAUGAUAUAGAGGAUUUGAAAGAUCCCAAAAUUUCUUCCUUUAAAUUGGCAUCUGAACUUAAUCUUAAUUUAACUAAGCUAUUUCGGCAAUCUUUGCGCAAAACUGCUAAAACAAACUUGCCAUUACAUAUUAAUGCCAUGAAGAAAAACCCUACGAUUGGUGGGCGGCAAAAUAUUUAUAAACCUUCUCAUGAAGAUGAAGAUAAUUUUUCUGAGAAUACUUCUG